AUGGGAACAGAGAGUAUCAAGAUUGACAGCAAUUUUCUGGACCGCCUUCCGGGCGAUCUGGUGCAGUAUGUACUGUUACAGUUGCCACUGGACUCUAUUUCGCGCUUCAAAGCAGUCUGCAAAAAAUGGAAGCACAUUAUAGAAUCUCCUUCCUUCAUAAACUCCUAUCACAACGAAACAUCCUCCAACAAUCAACUUAUUUUUGUCUUAUCGGAUACUCAGUUAUACAGAAUAAGCCCUACUAAUCUCACUGAUGGUUCAUCGUUAAAUAUAAAAGACUAUCGUGCUUCACAGAACAUGUGUUCUGGUUUGAAAACCAUUGGGUUGAUUGGAUCCUGUAAUGGUCUGCUUUGCUUCAUUAGCCGUGGUGUCGGUGACUACCUGUAUUGGAAGAAAAUCUUUCUAUACAGCCCUUUACAAAACCGACAUCGUACCAUCCCUUCAAUGCCUAGAGAAGAGUAUAAACAUACUGCUGAUCAAGAUGACUCCAUACGUUUCAUAAGGUAUGGCUUUGGGUACGAUUGUAGCACAUAUGAUUAUAAGCUUCUGUGUGUGAUUUGGUUCAUUCGCAGUCCGACCUGUCACGCGUACCUUUACAGUUUGAAAAGGAAGUCAUGGAAGACACUUGAAUGUUUCCCUAAAGAUCACCUAAUGACUAAUGUAAGAAUAUGUUCUUUUAAAUCUGUUUUUGUGAACAAGGCUUUACAUUGGGUUGUAACCGGACCAUUUAAGGGUGGUGAAACAUAUAUAGACACUAUUUUACGUUUUGAUCUUGUUUCUGAGGAAUUUUCCUUGCUCCCAAGGCACAGUAAAAUGCAAAGGUAUCCCCUCAAAUUGAAUGUUUUAGAGGGAUGGUUGAGUGCAUGGUUUCGUCCACCCGACUUAGGCGGGGAUAAAAUAGAGAUAUGGGUCAUGAAAGAAUAUGGAGUAAAAGAAUCUUGUUGGACGAAACUGUUAUCUGUCAAGACCGAUGCUGAAACGGUUAAGCCAAUCUCUCUUUCCAAGAAUGAAAACAUACUGUUACUGUCAGAGUCUAUGGUCGAAGAAGGUCAAGAUACAAGAUUUCGUUGGUAUGAUAUCAAUACAAGCAAAAGGAUAAAGGAGGUCAAACUGCAAAAUUUGAGCACACGGCGCAUAUAUGAGGUGGAGACAGCUACGCAGAGCAGAUUAACUCUUACACUUCAUGAGUUGGACAAGAAGAGAGGAAAUAGAAAAUCGAAAAAGAAAAAGAAAGCCAAGUCUGUUAUCAGAUUAUAA